GUGAAAUGCAAAUCAGAUUGCAGGAACCCCGUCCAGCUGCACCGCACUGGGUCAGAAGCUACACCAAGCUGCUUGCUGAGUUUCUGGCAAGGGACCAGGGCCUUCCAGCAGAAUGGGAAGCUAUAAUGCAAUUCAUGUCGUCCAGGCAUGGAAUGCAACUUGCGAUAACUGGCUGACAGCAAAGACUGCCCUGGAAAAGUACUACCUUUCCGUUUUUUAUGCGGCCGAGUUCCUUGUGGGAAUGCUUGGAAACACUACUGUGGUUUUUGGCUACAUAUUCUGCCUGAAGAACUGGAGUAGCAGCAACGUCUAUCUCUUUAACCUCUCUAUUUCUGACUUGGCUUUUUUGUGCACCCUUCCAAUGCUGAUAAGAAAUUACGCCAGUGAAGACUGGGUGUAUGGGCAAAUACUCUGCAUAUGUAACCGAUACCUUCUGCAUGCCAACCUCUACACCAGCAUCCUCUUCCUCACUUUCAUCAGCAUCGACCGAUACCUGCUCAUGAAGCAUCCUUUCAGGCAACACCUUCUGCAAAAGAAGGAGUUUGCCAUUUUAAUCUCCUUGGCCAUCUGGGUUUUGGUAACCCUAGAGCUACUGCCCAUACUUAUCUUUAUAAACCCUUAUAAAACUGACAAUAGCACCAGGUGUGAAGACUAUGCCAGUUCUGGGAACCCCGAAUACAGCAUCAUUUUCAGCUUGUGUCUGACAUUCAUGGGGUUCCUCAUUCCUCUUUCCGUGAUGUGCUUCUUUUAUUUCAAGAUUGCUGUCUUCCUAAAGCAGAGGAGCAGGGAGCGGGCUACCACACUGCCUCUGGAAAGGCCUCUCAACUUAGUCAUCAUGGCGGUGAUCAUCUUCUCAGUGCUUUUCACUCCCUACCACAUCAUGAGGAAUGUGAGGAUUGCCUCCCGUCUGGAAAGCUGGAAUGGGUCCCAGUGCUCUAAGCACAUCAUCAAUGUCUUAUACAUUAUCACCCGACCUUUGGCUUUCCUGAACAGUGCCAUCAACCCUGUCUUCUAUUUCCUUAUGGGAGAUCACUUCAGGGAGAUGCUGAUAAGUAACCUGAGACAUCAAUUCAAGUUCCUGACAACCCUUAGAAGAUGAACCCCUUGGCUAAUGAUUUCAUUCUGACAAAAGUUGGUGCUGGUGAAACAGGCUGCUUUGCACGUGCCUCUGGGAGCCAGUUCGAGUCUGAUUUAGCUCAUAAACGUAAAUCAGAGAGGACCAUGAAGUUGUCUCUGAUUCAAAGAUAUAUACCCAGAGUAUGUGAAAAGAAGGGGAUGAGAAGAAUUUACCCCUUUCUUCACGUAAACAUUGAAAGUGAGAUAGAACCCCCACAGUGCUGUGUUCUUUACCUGGCUUCCUCCCCUACAGUGUUGUAUUGCAGAAUUGUUUCCUUUGCAUUUGAAUCCUCCUUUUGCUUGGAGGUUAUAUGUAAACCCCAUUGCACCCGUGUAGUGUGAUUAAGACUGUUGCUGAUGUAACUUGUAUGAACUCCCUACUCGUAAACCCUUUUAAAAGUAACCUACCUGCCCACCUUUGGCGAGCAGUCUUGGCAGCAGUAAGCAUCGACUGACUCCAUUUCCUUGUAAAAUGAAAUAAAGAUGCCAUUUUGUUCUCCCACCUCUCUCUCUCAUUUAUUAGCCAAUACAAGCCAAGUAAGAACCUGGGAUUCCCACCCAGUAACAUUUCUAGCUAGAUACUAGCCAUCUGUUUGGUUCCUGAGGGGGGUCAGAAAACAGAACAGCCCCGAUGUCUGGCACCACCAGGAGAUUUCUCCUAGAGACCUUGGAACAGCCCUGGAAGCUGAUGCCCAUGCCCCUGGGACCCAAACAAUGGCUCUGUGAGAGACAUGAAAUGCACCUGUGUUGUUUGGUAAGGGCUUAGGCAAGGCCUUAGAAGAGUCCCAAGAACAGGAGGAAUUGACCAUUGAAGGCAUUAGGAAUCUGAGGUUAUUUAGUAAGUAACGGUAAUUCCUAGGCCUUAGAAGAGUCCCAAGGAGCUGGAGGAACUGACCUCUGAGGGCACAGAAGUCUCAGGUACCUGUCAAGUUGGUGCACCAAAUCAGGUUGUGUGAGUGUGUGCAUGUAUCUAGAGAAUGGAGAAUGUUCAAGGGAUCCCGAAAUGCGGCCUGCUGAGAUGCAUCCUUAACAACUGGGAACAGAGACUUAGAAAAGACAUGGUUCUGGCUGCAUGCUUGUCUGCUUCUCACAUUUGCCUUUUUGAAUAUAUGACAAAUAAAACCUUCCUUUUUGCUUUCCUAAACUUUGUGGUGUUUUCACCCUAUGAGAGUUAGCUGUUGCAGGGGUUCUAAAACCAUGAAUCUAGUCAACCUUGAGGAGACAUGGACUGCGGAACAGAAGCCAGCAAAAAGAGAGGUCCUGUCUUCUGGACCCAAGCAUUCACACUCCAUGUCCCUUUGACACCCACUAGGUGAGUACUCUCGGAAAACGAGCCUUUGCUUAUUCUUUUUGUUCUUUUUCUCAUGUUUUCUGAAGUUUUGUUCAGCAUGUUUGUUUGAAAAACCGGUUGUUUGAUCAAGUAGAAUCUUUCUUAGAUUUUUCCUUGAUCUUUUCUUUUAAGAGUGAUAUCUGGUGAUCCUUGGUGAACCAAAGUUUAAGUCUGGAUUUGGGCGUUUGAAACAUUGAAGAGAUCGUUCUAUUUUCAAAGAACUCUGAGUCACCAUAAGCAGCAAAAAUUCAAGCACGGGUCCACCAGUAGAAACCAUUAGGGUGGUCGCCAGCACUCAUCAAGAGCAUUAAAGACUUCCAUGACAGGAUAAGGUGGUCGCAAGACAGGCGGGAGCACUAGGCUGCCUGCCACCCAUAAGAGAACGCUGGCACAAUGAAGGUACACGUUGGUCUAAGCGAAACACUGUCUAAACCCCCAGCCUUCCUCCUUAGGUUUCUUUUUGUGGCUCAAAGAAAACCUGGAAAAUAGUGUCCCGUUUGGCCAAAUUCACAGGGACAUGUGGUAGUCCCCUACCUGUUUG